CAUCCACGGCGCCUUAAAGCAACAUGUCGUCUGCUCCAUCAGACUCUCCUGGGUUCGUAGUUGUGGACUAUGUAUUGUUUGCCUGUGUUAUUGCAAUUUCAAUAGGGAUCGGUAUAUUUCAUGCAUGUGCCGGAGGGAGACAGAAAACCGGCCUGGAGUACCAUUUGGGGAACCGAAAUAUACAGACGUUCCCUCUCAUCCUCUCCAUGCUGGUCACCACCCAGUCGUCCAUUUUGAUGCUCGGUAUCCCCGCCGAGACCUAUCUCUAUGGCGGUGUUAUGUUAUUCUCGUCCUUUGGGUUUUUUCUUUCGUACCUGAUCGGUGCAAGGAUUGUUGUCCCAAUGCUUUACCCCCUCAAGCUGACCACAGUUAGCGAGUAUUACCAGCUGCGGUACAAGGGCAAGGCCGUGAGGCUAUUUAUAGCUACGUGUAUGAUACUUCUGAACGGAAUAUACAUUGGCGUUGUGGUUAUGGGACAGGCGGUUGCCAUGGCAGGUGUGACCCGUAUCCCCAGUUGGGCCUCCAUGUUGGCUGUAUCGGUUGCUGCCGUACUGUACACGUCCAUCGGAGGGAUCAAGGCGGUGAUCUGGACGGACGUCUUCCAGUGUUCCAUCAUGUUGUUCGGAAUACUCUCGGUCAUAAUCAAGGGUACUAUAGACGCUGGAGGGGCAGCCUAUGUAUGGGAGGUCAACACAGCUUCAGACAGACUGGACAUCUUCAACUUUGACCCUGACCCUUUAGUCCAGUACACACUGUGGAGUCUCGUCAUUGGUGGAACAUGCAAGCUCUUUUUCGCCGUUGUGAAACAGAGUGCUAUCCAGCGUAUGAGUUCUUGCAAAACACAAAAAGAGGCGACGACUGUAUACCUGUUAUCUGGCCCCGCCUUUCUCUUGACGAUGAGUCUGGCCUGUGGGGAGGGAUUAGUGGCCUACGCCUACUUCACGUCAAAAGGAUGUGACCCCCUCGAAUCCAAACAGGUGCCCAAUCCUAACCAACUCCUGCCUUACAUGGUGGUCGACAUAUUUCGGAACUUUCCGGGUAUGUCCGGAAUGUUCCUGGCUGCCGUCGUGUCUGCAUCACUAAGCUCUGUGUCCUCCAGCUUGGCCAGUAUGUCCUCGAUAACACACGAGGACUUCAUCAAACCUCACUUUCCUCGUUUGUCGGACGCGACUGUCACCCGCCUGUCCAAGUGUUCAGUGGUGGUGUACGGCAUUGUAGGACUAGGCAUUUCAUUCAUGGUGGCAGAAUUUCCAGGAUCAGUGUUCAAGGUAGCCUCCAGUAUGCUGUCUGUUUUUGGUGUUCCAGUUGUUGGUGUAUAUCUGUACUCCAUAUUUUUUCCAUCGGCGACACAAAUCGGUGCGAUACUCGGGGGAGUGGUAGGGACGUGUUUAGUAUUUUGGAUUAACAUCGGCAGCGCCUUUAACAAAAAACUUCAACCCGCUGCCCUCCAACCCGCCCCUACCGACCAGUGCUGGAAUGUUACACAAACCAACGUCACAGAAUCGGUGAUUAGUGACGUCAUCAAAGUAAAGGAGAGGCCAGAGGGGUUGGACGCUCUCUACUCCCUGUCUAACUAUUGGUUUGAUGCCGUGGGACUACUCUGUUUGUUACUUGUAGCCGGUAUAGUGAGCUGUGUCGUAGGUCGACCAAAGAUGGAGGAUUCGGACGGUCGUUACCUGUUUAGUUUUGGGGAGAGAACGUGUCCCUGUCUACCUAAGUCUGUCAGAAGAAUCGCCUGCUGCGGGGAUAAGUUAGAGCAGAAAAACUGCCAUGAGAAAGUUUACACAAAGGCCAAUUCUGACACUGAAAAUAUGUCGGAGCACAAAGACACAAUAUCUGAAAGUACACAAUUAUGAUGGAAGAAAGGGAAUAGCUCACUACAGCGCUUCCGGUUUUUAAUAUUGACUUGUGAAGGCGAUACCAACCGCUGAACAUCCUCCUGGUGACAAUGGCGAUGCUAUGAUCAGUGGUGACUUUAUCACUGCCUUUUUAAUGUUUAUGAUUAUAAAUAUAUUUUUUACCAAUAUUUUAUUUCACAUUAUUAUACCUCUACU